CCUCAAAUUCAAUUCACAUUUUUAAUACUAUUAACUUCAAUAAUAAUAAUAAUAAUAAAUCUUUUUCAUUAUAUAGUUUCUUCUCAUCUCAGAUCUUCUACUAUCUUCCUUUCCAUUGAUCUUCAGAUCAAACAUCAAGUAUUUCUUGUCUCAAAUAAUCGACACUAGAGCUCAUAUGGACCAAGAUGGUCAAAAAGACGAACCAGAAACGGUGUCGUGUGGCAACAGCAAGUGCAGGAGCAAGAUAGUCCCUGGAGAUGAUCACGAUGGAGACGAAAACAGCGGUACGAAGAAAAGAAAGAAGAAGAAAUCGCAGAAGACAACAAAACGACGUGAACUAAUGUCGUUUAGUGAGCUUCCAGAAUACAUGAGGGAUAACGAAUUUAUAUUGAAUUAUUACAGAGCUGAUUGGUCCAUUAGAGAUGCUUUCUUCAGCGUCUUCAGUUUCCACAAUGAGUCCCUCAACGUUUGGACGCAUUUACUUGGUUUCAUCUUAUUUGUGGGACUAACCGUCGCCAACAUUAUGCAUCACGAUAAAUUCUUCCCCGUGGAUGCAAAGAGUCCAGGGAAUGUAACAAGAUGGCCAUUCUUCGUCUUCUUAGGAGGCUCAAUGUUCUGCCUACUCGCAAGCAGCAUUUGCCACCUCUUCUGUUGCCACUCCAAAGACCUUAACGUCUUCCUCCUCCGCAUAGACUAUGCCGGUAUCACCGCCAUGAUCAUCACUUCCUUCUUCCCACCAAUCUACUACAUCUUCCAGUGCACUCCUCGUUGGUACUUCAUCUACCUCGCAGGCAUCACCUCUAUGGGAAUCUUCACGAUCAUCACCCUCUUCACUCCAUCACUUUCCUCUCCCAAGUACCGCGGUUUUCGAGCUUUGCUUUUCGCCUCAAUGGGGCUGUUCGGGAUCGUACCAGCAGUCCAUGCGCUAGUGGUCAACUGGGGAAACCCGCAAAGGAACGUGACGCUAGUGUACGAGCUGGCUAUGGCAGUAUUCUAUCUUGUUGGGACAGGGUUUUAUGUAGGGAGAGUGCCUGAGAGGCUUAAACCGGGAUGGUUUGAUCGUGUGGGACAUAGUCAUCAGAUAUUCCAUGUGUUCGUUGUGUUGGGUGCUUUGUCUCACUAUGCAGCUGCUCUCUUGUUCUUGGAUUGGCGUGACCAUGUUGGUUGUUAAACCAUAAAUAUUUGUAAUUCUUUUGACGAUCAAAAAUAUAUUAUUAGUUUGUUUGUAUCACAUCAAUCACGUGGAAAAAAAAUUGUAUAACCCAUUUUUUUUUAAUUGAAUUGUCAUUCGACGUGUGCUAUA